CUUUAGUAUGCAUCGAGUGUUCAACCAAACAAGACUGUAUUUACUUUAUUUGAUAAACAGCUCUAAGUGAAUGAGUUUUAGAUUUAAAAUCGUCUAUUGUGUUUGAUUAUAUUGUGUGUGCGAUAAUGAAAUCCCUUAUACUACUGGCAUUUUUUUGCUUUUUAAUCGGAUCAGAACAGAUUUCGACGCCGUCCGAUGAUAGUUAUGUAGCAGCGGUGGUGGAAUAUGAAGUGUUAUCCAAUACGGAUACCAACAUAGCCAAUUACAUCCGUAUAAUUAAAGAGGCUUCAGAGCAGAAUGCUGAUAUCGUGGUGUUCCCAGAAAUGACACUUAAUCGUGGUAACCGAAAUGUAGAAGUGCCGAUAUAUGGGCGGCUGAAGGAGUAUCCCGUACCAGCUUUACAUGAGGACCUGUAUGAUUCGAUACUCGUGUCUAUGUCUUCAGCUGCCAGGAACAAUAGAAUCUACGUAGUUAUUAAUGUUCAAGAAGAGAUGAACUGUGCAAAUGCGCCAGGCGAAGAGUGCCCUGAGAAUAAAGUAUAUCUUUUUAAUACUGAUGUAGUUUUUGAUAGAAAUGGUGCAGUUAUUGACAGGUACCGUAAGAUAAACCUAUUCGGUGAAUUCACACGAACACCAGCAUUAAAACCGGAAUUGGGGAUAUUCACAACUGACUUCGGGGUGACAUUCGGUCACUUCAUCUGUUUCGAUCUGAUGUUCCAAGUUCCAGCUGUGCAGUUACCACAGAAACAUAAUGUAACGGACGUCAUCUUCCCCACCAUGUGGUUCUCGGAGAUGCCGUAUCUGACAGCCGUUCAGAUCCAAGAAGCCUACGCUUACGCUAUGAACGUCAACUUCCUAGCUGCUGGAGCAAACAAUGUGCGCAUUGGAAGUGCUGGCUCGGGAAUAUAUUCUGGCAAAGCCGGCGCUCUCAUCAGUAUCAUGCCUGGAGUGCCCACCACACGACUUCUUGUGGCCAAAGUACCAAAGGUCCCUGGCGAGGUAAAAGAUGCAUAUCCCGGGCCGAUAUAUGACAACCCCAGCGACCACGACAAUCUUCUGCUAAAAGUGGACCCCUCCCUCGCCUCCCACAGGAGUCGGUUACUUCAACCAGGCUUACAGGAGUUUACGCUAGUUGAUGGCACCACCACAUGUAGAUUUAAAGUCAGUUUGUCUGAGUCGCCUAAUACGCGCUACAAAUACAGAGCUGGUACAUUUGAUGGGGUUCGCACAUAUGACGGCGUGGCCACCGGUGGAGUCAGAAUAUGUGCCGUGUAUGCUUGCACUGAUGAUACGAGGGAAUCUUGCGGAAAGAGGUUUCCACAAUACAGUCCAAAUUCAUUCGCGACUUUCCAAGAACUUACCAUCGAAGCUUCCUUCGCCACACCACAAUCUGUUGAGGAAUUAGGGGCGGAUGACGCAGCUUAUUUCCCUGUAUCCCUCAAACCAUCGAUUCUACCUUUGGAAGCCGAUGAGUUCUCCUUUAGUUCCACAUCUUCGUUCAACACUACGGACAUUUAUAGCUAUAGAUUGCUGAAUAAAAGCGCCGAAUUGUAUAACUUUGGGAUUUUUGGACGAGUUUUCGAUAGAGAUGGCCAGGAACCCACCCCCCCUUUGUCUGAUGAUGAGCCAGAAACGACUAUAGCUCCAACCACUACAACAGCUUCUCCUGAGUGCUGUGCUCCGGGUGCAUGUGCAUCAAUUUAUAUUAAUCUGUUCUUAUUAAUGCCCGCCAUUGUGACAGCUGUCACGUCAAUUUUCAGUUGAUUCACAUUGCAGUCUUUAACUGUACUUUUAACAUUUUAAGCCAGUUUGGCUUAUAGUCAAAUUUGAUAGAUAGUUCAACUUCUAGUAAAACAAAAUGAUAUAAUUAGAGAAGUGAAGAGCUACUU